AAAUCCUUGUUUUCAGUUUACCACACAAAGCCCUCCUUCACGCUUUGUUAAGAUACAACUUAUUAAUAUGUUGGAUCAAUGUAGGUAUUAAACACCAUAGUUUUAAAAAACAAAAUUAACAUAUGUACUUUCCUUUAAAAAAACACAUGUCAUUGACCUAAACCACAUCCGAAAAUAUAAUGUUUUUUUAAUAUGUGCGUCAUAUAAGAAAUGUUUCAUAUAUAAUUUCAUUCAAGUACUUUAAGUGUCUUUCUUUAACAGGUAAUUGAGAAAACGUUCUCUCAAGGAAUGAUUUGUAUAGACAACACAUUUUGAUAUUUUCCCAGUGAACAUAGCUAGAUAGAGUUACGUUUGCAUAGUUUAAUGUUUUCAGAGCCAUAUAAAGAAUUGAAUGGCAUUAAUUGACGCCACAUGAUAUGGUAUGCUAAAGUAUUAUUAAAAGCCAAUGGAGUGAGACGGUCUUGUCAGAUAAGCGCAUUAUAGCAUUUAUCACGUUUCAUAGGCAAAUCAAUCUACAAACCUAGUAUUUCUAUAGGCUUUUACUGCCUAGGUGUAUUAUGAUUUCGUGAGAUAGGACAAACCUAGAUAUUAAAUAAGUAUAAACAAACAAACAAUUAUAGACAGUUAACUUUUCAAUGGUGGUUGAUGUAGGGAGGACCGUAGAUCGAAACAUCUUUCGAAGAAAUAUAUCUGACGAAGAUAGUGUUUAUGAAGAUUUACCCAUGUCGAGCUCGGUAGGACGACGGAAUUUACUGCGGUUAAACAUCGAUACGUCAGUGAAGCGAAACUCAGAUAUAAUGCGACAAAGUGAGGAAAAACUAUGCUCAAAGGAGAAAGAUGAUAAGUCAGAAACUUUUGAAACUGAUGUAAACCGCAACAGCAUUGUUGAUAAACCAAUCUGUAUAACACCUGAAGACAUAUGCGAAGUGACGUCGACGGAAAUAACAGAACGGAAAAUCAGGAAAAAAAACUCGGCCAUAAAUAGUUUUCGUAGUUUAGUAAAGGCUACUGUAAUUAGUUCUGAACUUAAUAAAACGUCACAAAACCAGGACAGUGGAAGUAAAACGUCUCCUGUAACAAAAGCACGAAGCGCCGAUGACAAUAAAAAAGAAAUUAAAAUCAGUAAUAAGAAAAAAAUAUCCACAAGUUCAAGAGAUAAAAAACUUAGAAAGAAACGAAACAGACGAUCUCGAGCGAUACCAAAUGAAGGAGCGUCACUGUGGGCGCCAAUAGAUAAUUGCUGUUGGAAGUCAGCAGGUGGUCGAACAGUAAAUUUGGAAGAUAUUUCUUUGGCUCAAUUAUGUGAUGCUGAAAGGCGCGCACUAAAAAAACUUGCAAUCUUACGACUACACGAACUAGGAGCUGAUUGCCAGGUCACCAUCCCAAAAGAACACCAUGCAGCUGCUAGAAGAAGAUGGAAACAAAUUUUAACUAUAAAAAGUAAAAAAGUCAAAGGAGAUGCAAAUGAAAAAGCAUCAGCAAAACCAACCAAUCCCGUCUUUUGCAUUGAAUUAUUUCAAGUCAUAGAGAACGAUAAGGCAGUUGAGAAAGCUCAUCAGGCAGUUAUGGAAAAACUAGAUAUGGUUGGUGAAGAAAUAGAAGAAGAAGGAGAAGAGGAAGUGAAGGGACUGGAUUUAAAACAAGACGAGUUAAACAACGACCUACCAAAUUCUGGAAUGUUUGAACGAAGAAAUAGUGACCCUAUUUUGUUUAGUAAUCGUGGGAGUUUAUUUAAUACUAAAACUGAGGGCGAUGAUGCAGAGGUUUCAAACUAUAUGUUGAAUGCUUUACGAACUAUUGAUACUUUAAAAGAAGAAGAUGAAGAAGAAAUAGCGAUUAGUAAACGAAAAUCGAGACUUAUAGAAGCCCUAACGUUGUCCUCGACAUCUGCAUCUUCUAUGUGUAUUUUAGAUCGUGAGAUAGAAUUUAAGGCUCCCGCACCUCAAGUUCCAAAAGUAAUAACGCAAACGGUGGAUUAUAUAACGAAAUACGCUUUAAAUACGAUCGGCAUCUUUCGAACUGGAGGCUCAAAGAAGCGAGUUCGUCAGAUGAAAGAGGACUACGAUUCCGGACAUUCGUGUGUCAUAACAGAAGACACAAACCCACAUGAUGUUGCUGCGUUAUUGAAAGAUUUUCUCCGAUGCCUUCCAGACCCAUUAUUAACUAGAGAAUUAUAUCCAGCCUUCCUUUCGUGUGCAAAAAACCAGAAAAGAAAAAUUAUGCUGGACAUUGUCAAGCCACUUAUAUGGCUUCUACCUGUACCAAAUCGUGAUACGUUGAAGUUAACCCUUCAUUGUCUACAAAUGGUAGCAGAUAAUGCACUGGACAGAAAAGAUGAGGAUGGAAAUUUGAUACCUGGAAAUAAAAUGGACAGCCAAAAUCUAGCAACAUUAAUGGCACCAAACAUUCUUCAUAGAUGCAAGACAUACAAAAAUCCACAAGCUUUUCAAGUAGAUGGUAGCCUAAACUCGGAUGAUAAUAAAUGUUCGAUUGAAGUUGUCGAAGCCAUGAUCUCCAACAACGAAAACUUAUUUGAGAUAUCCGCCAAUGAUCAUCACGCUGUCCUUUCUAUCCUACUGGAAGAAGAUCCAGAGACCGUGGACUACGUGUUGAGACGAAAAUCAACCAGGACAAGUCUUGUGGAGGCCAUCGAAGGUAUGGAGGAAGAAAUAUGCAUCACUGCUAAUGUCAAUGGAAAGCGCCCCUCUAGUGCAGGUCCACGCACUGUUUAUAAUCAUGAAGAAGUCACUUUCCGAAAGAGUAAUUCUUUUAAUCAAGGUCCUUAUAAACCGUUCGUUCGACGUCGUAAGGACAGCACAGGUAGCAGACCAACUUCGACAAAAUCUGAUCCAGAUAGAAACAGUUUAAGAAGGUCUGGAAUGGGUACGCCGCCGCAUAGAAUAAGACGGAAAUCUUCAAAAGUCUUUGCUGAGUUGGGAGAUGGAGAGGAAGCGUUAAAAAGAAAUUCUGAAAGUCCUCGGGACAGUGGGGUUGUGAUCGCUGCAUCGACACCUCCAUUUCAAAGAAAUUCGUUACGUAAUUCACUUGAGACAAGGAUAGGAAAAUCUCUUUCGGACUCACCCACAAUUACAAAGAUUCCUUUAAUCGUGCGAAGACAACAAAGUCGUGACCGCGAUUCCAGAGACUCUGCAUAUGAUAGUGGUAUGCAAGGUAUGUUUUCAAAUAGAAACACGACCACUUCAAUCCAAAUAAUUACUGAUGAGGAGGGCGACAAUCUUGAUAUUGAUUUAACAAGUUCACCAUCAGACGUCGGUUCUCCUAAGUCACCUUUUUACUUAAGUGAUGUGUUAGAUACUCCCUCAUUUGUCUCCCCGGAAAUGCAUUCCCCCAACACUGUAAUGAGGAGGAAGAUCUCUCUGCCAGCAUUUGCUGCCACUGAACGCCCUACCGGGAGGGCCACAAGCAAGUCAAUGAGCAUCGAUGGAGAAAAAUGUUGCAGACCAAGCUUAUCUUCCACCAAGACUAAUUCACCAAUAGAUUGGAAUAACGAAGAUAACUGGCCUAAUUGGGAAAUGAAUCCUAGAGAAAGCCAGUUUCCAACACAAGAGACCACACUUUAAAAAGAAGGAAGAAAUUCUAUUUCUUCUAAAAGGGAAUACGAUAGAGAACCAAUGUAGAGAUGUCAACUGUAGGAUCAGUGGAAGUUAUAUGUAAUCAGGAUGCUUAAGAAUUAUAUUCUUAUACAACUUACCUCCUGAAAACUGAAAAAAAGAACACUUUAAUAACUCAGUAAGUCUAGACACACUUCUAAAAGCCGACAACCAUUACAUGUCGCCAUUUUCACGAAUUAAUAAUUAUUUUAUGUAGUAGGUUAAUAUUUUUUCCCAAAAAGACAAAACUAUGUAAUAUGCCAGAACAAGUGUGAGCACUGCUGCUUAAUAUUUUUGAGCAAACCAUGUCCAUGCUAUGUAUGUGAUUGUCUUGGGUUUUUUUAACUCACAUUUGUUCAAUUUUUUAAUGAAAAGUUCCCAUUCAUGAUAGGAAGACGUCACAGUUUAUACGCUACAAUUUUUCUUAUAUACUCUACAAAAAUAUAGCAAAAAAAAUAGAAGGAACAAAUGUCUUUUUGCAACAAGUUUUAAAUGUUAUAAGCUUGACACUGAGAGGGCUGAAUUCGGAAAACCUCUACGUGCUCGUAUUCAUCACGUCUCUACUGUCAACGUCAAUCCUCCCUAAAAAGAUUUUGGAAAGUCAAAGAAAAACAACCGAACUUGUGUAAUUUGCAUCUAUGGUAACACAAAAUAAACAACUCAUCUCAGCAGAUCCUUUUUAAGCGGCUUAAUCCCUGUCGUAGAAAUUAUUUUUAACUUAUUUAAUUUAUAAAAUUUAAAAGGGUCUACAAAAACAUAUUCUGUAGACCCGUGUGCUUGUUUGGGUAUCGUGAAUGCAUACUUUUUUAAAGAGAUUACUAUGUUCAUACUGACUAUUUUUCGAUAUAUUUUUUUAAAUAAACGUUUUAAAUUAUUUUUUUGUAAAUCCAUAGCUUACUUCAGUAUUCAGCACUCUCGUAUUUAUCAUGCAAUAUUUUGAUGAAAAUAUUUUUUGGUCUUAUUUUUUUGUCAAGAAUGUUAAUAUUUUGAAAUCUAAGAAGUAAAUAUGUAAAUAGAAAGUAGAAAGUUUUGUUCUUUUUUUGUGUCAAUGACACCAUUCCAUAAAUUUGGUGUUCUUAAAACCUUAUUAGCAGUGACUUCACUUUUUGGAUAGCAAUAAUGGCAGAAUCAAAGAAGACCCUAUUUUGCUUUAUAAAAUAUAUAGAUACGAUUAGUAACAAAA